AUGGGUCUUCACGUGCAAAAUAUUGUGAGCGCCAUUGCUGCCGCCAGCUAUGUGAAGCUGGCGGGCGCGGUUCUAGGACUGCUUGUCGUCUAUCAGGCCCUGUCCACGACGUACAACGUCUUCUUCCAUCCCCUCCGGCAUUACCCGGGCCCCUUUCUCCAAGGCGCGUCCAAGAUCCCCUGGUUCCUGCAUCAGACUGGCGGCACCCUCGCCUUCCACACGCAGCGCCUCCAUGAAAAGUAUGGCCCCGUCGUCCGCAUCGCACCCCAUCACCUGUCCUUCACGGACCCCCAGGCCUUCAAGGACAUCUAUGGCCACCGCAUCGGCGCCGCGUCCGACAUGCCGGAGCUGCCCAAGGCAACCAUGUUCUACCACGUGUCGCGCCGCAUCCCGCACAACAUCAUCUCGUCGACCGUCGAGGACCACCGCGGCCUGCGCCGCAGCCUGGCGCACGGCUUCAGCGACAAGGCCAUGCGCGAGCAGGAGCCCAUCAUCGGGCGCUACGUCGACCUCCUGCUGCUGCGGCUCCACGGCCUCUGCGGGGCGGCGGCCGGGGGCACGGCAGCCGUCGUCGACCUGAAGAACUACUACAACUGGACGACGUUUGACGCCAUCGGCGACCUCGUCUUUGGCGAGAGCUUCGGCUGCCUCGAGGCCAACAAGCAGCACCCGUGGGUCGACGCCAUCCUGUCGGCCGUGCACCAGGGCGCCUUCCUCAUCGGCCUCAUCUACCUCGGGUUCGGCGAGCUGGUCGAGCUCGUCAUGCUCCUCGCGCUCGCGACCUCGGUCAAGACGCUGUCGGCCUACACGGACGCGCGCCUCGCGUCGCGCCUGGCGGCCCAGCCGGGUCGCGCCGACCUCUUCGAGGGCGUGCUGCGCAAGCGCGACGAGCUGGGGCUGACGUUUGCCCACCUGGCCGGCAACGCGUCGCUGCUCGUCGUCGCGGGCUCCGAGACGACGGCGACGCUGCUCUCGGGCGCCACGUACCUGCUCGUCUCGAACCGACGCGUGCUCGACAGGGUGGCCAAGGAGGUCCGCGAGACCUUUGCCUCGGCCGACGACAUCAACCUGUCCUCCGUCGGCGGCCUGUCGUACAUGCUGGCCGUGCUCAACGAGUCGUUCCGCUGCUACCCGCCCGUCACGUCCAACCUCGUGCGGAGGGUGCCGCCGGGCGGCCAGACGAUCGCGGGCCACUAUGUGCCCGUCGGGACGCUGGUCGAGGUGCAGCAGUGGUCUGCGAACCACUCGACCGACAACUGGGCCGACCCCUGGACGUUCCGGCCGGAGCGGUUCCUCGACAGCGAGGAGGAGGCCGCGGCCAAGGGCAACAAGUUCGAGGCGCUCCAGCCGUUCAGCGUUGGUCCGAGGAACUGCAUUGGCAGGAAUCUUGCCUACGCCGAGAUGCGACUCAUCCUGGCGAGGGUGCUUUACGACUUUGACCUCGAGCUGGCGCCGCAGAGCGAGGGGUGGCUGGAGACGCAAAAGGCGUAUUCGCUGUGGAACAAGCCGCCCCUGGAGAUCAAGCUGACACCUGUUGUGGGGGAGAAGGUCAAAGUUUGA